CGGAGUUGUAGACUGCAGCAUUUUUGUGGAGCUGUUCAGUUUGGUUUGCAUAAGGGACAAGCAGAGCUGAAUCGUUAAAGACGAAGAAAACCAGGAAUAACACUUGGAAAAACACUUAAUAAAUCAGUGACGCCUGAGGAAACAGCAGAUUAUCCCUGGACAGGUUCUUCUGGAACUCAAGCAUCUGCUUUACAAAGAGCACAUCCAUCAUGAGUGCAGUCACAUCCAGAUUGUCCAAACAGCAGGAGAUGAAGCUCUGCUCCAUGCUCAGCUGUUCCAGACUCAGCCUGCUGUUUAAGGGCAGUGUUCACGGAUACACAGGGGCUGCGUUCCACCAAAAGUGUGAUAAUCAGGGGCCGACCGUUACAGUAGCGCACAAUAUCUCUGGGUAUAUCUUUGGAGCGUACACCAGCAAAAACUACGCCCAGACAGGCCAGAAUAUCGCUGAUGCGAAUGCCUUCCUGUUCAGCUUCAACGAACGAGAGAUGAAGAAGGACCCUCUGCGAGCUUUUCGAACCUACCACAUAAAGGGAGGCAGGGGCAGUACGCCCGUCACUCUGUGUGACACUAUGGGCCUGGAAGAGGGGGCAAGUGCUGGACUGGAUAUUGAUGACUUCACAAGCAUUCUGAGAGGCCAUAUUCAGGGUAAGUAUCAGUCUAACCCAUCAAUGCCUCUACAAACAGAAUCUCCAUCAUUCUGCAAAGAGCCAGGCCUGAAGGACAAGAUCCACACUGUGGUGUAUGUGCUUGAUUCUAGCAAAGUGAAACUCCUCUCUGACAAAAUGAUUGAGAAAUUGGCCGCCAUCCGCAGGAAAGCCAACCAGAUGGGUGUCCCACAGCUGGUUCUGCUUACCAAGGUAGAUGAGGCCUGUCCUUCUGUGGCGGCAGACCUGAAGACUGUCUAUCAAAGCCAUUCCAUCUACAAAACUAUGCAGAAGGUGAGCUCAAACCUGGGAGUUACUCUUUCUGCUGUGAUUCCAGUGAAGAACUACAGCCAAGACCUGGAACUGGAUAUUCAAACUGACAUCCUGCUCCUGAAUGUAUUAAUCCAGAUGCUCAGAGCCACUGAGGGCUUCUUCGAUGAUCUUUACCAUGAACAGGAGUAGAACCUAGGUAGAUCAUCAUAAGCACCAGCUUUAUGUAACACUAUCAGGUUUUGAUUAUUUAAUUUUGUUUUUCACACUUGAAAAUCAUACUUGAUUCACUGCAAUAAACAAAAUCUCAUUAAGUGAAAUGCUCUCAUUUCAAGGCAUUUUUUAAGGAAUUCAAGGAUUUGUUU